CGUCGCUAGGGAAGUGAGGUCACGCAGUAUGGUGGCUGGGGGCCGGAGGGGCUGAGGCGCCGGUCGUGUCGGGAAUCCGUGUCCAUCUUGCUCGGGAGGUGCGGCGACGGGCUUGACUGUCUCGCUAGUGUCGAGCGGCGAGACCAAAGCCGCGAUGGCAUCCGAAACCGUAGGACUGUGAGGCAUCAGAACGAGAGCCAGCAGACCGGGCAGAGCAACAGAACCGGGUCGCGGACGAGCCGAGCUGCCGCCAUGGAGCUGAGGGUUGGGAACCGGUACCGGCUGGGCCGGAAGAUCGGGAGUGGCUCCUUCGGGGAUAUCUACCUGGGAACUGAUAUUGCUGCCGGAGAGGAGGUUGCAAUAAAGUUGGAAUGUGUGAAAACCAAACAUCCUCAGCUCCACAUCGAGAGUAAAAUCUACAAAAUGAUGCAGGGUGGAGUGGGUAUUCCCACAAUUAAGUGGUGUGGAGCUGAAGGGGACUACAAUGUUAUGGUGAUGGAGUUGUUGGGACCGAGUCUUGAAGAUCUCUUCAAUUUUUGUUCAAGGAAAUUUAGUCUCAAGACAGUCCUAUUACUUGCUGACCAAAUGAUUAGUCGAAUUGAAUAUAUUCACUCUAAGAACUUCAUCCACCGAGAUGUGAAGCCAGAUAACUUCUUAAUGGGCCUGGGGAAGAAAGGCAAUCUUGUCUACAUAAUAGACUUUGGACUAGCAAAAAAGUAUCGAGAUGCUCGAACUCAUCAACAUAUUCCAUAUCGUGAAAAUAAAAACUUAACGGGAACUGCCCGUUAUGCAUCCAUCAACACUCAUCUUGGAAUUGAGCAAUCUCGCAGAGAUGACUUGGAGUCCUUGGGCUAUGUACUGAUGUAUUUUAACCUGGGCUCCCUCCCCUGGCAGGGACUGAAAGCAGCAACAAAGAGGCAGAAAUACGAACGUAUCAGUGAAAAGAAAAUGUCUACACCCAUUGAGGUUUUGUGUAAAGGAUAUCCUUCUGAAUUUGCCACAUACUUGAAUUUCUGCCGUUCUUUGCGUUUUGAUGACAAGCCGGACUAUUCCUAUUUAAGGCAAUUAUUCAGAAACCUUUUUCAUCGGCAAGGAUUCUCCUAUGACUAUGUAUUUGACUGGAACAUGCUGAAAUUUGGUGCAAGCAGAGCAGCUGAAGAUGCUGAACGUGAAAGACGGGAACGAGAGGAAAGAUUAAGACAUACACGAAAUCCAGCUGUACGUGGAUUACCCUCCACUGCUUCUGGCAGGAUAAGAGGAACGCAAGAUGUAGCUCCUCCUACUCCCCUUACCCCAACUUCACAUGCUGCCAACACCUCUCCUCGGCCAGUAUCCGGUAUGGAACGAGAAAGGAAAGUGAGUAUGAGAUUACAUCGUGGUGCCCCAGUCAAUAUCUCCUCGUCUGAUUUAACAGGCCGACAAGAUACCUCUCGCAUGUCAACUUCGCAGAAUAGCAUUCCUUUCGAACACCAUGGCAAGUAGCUGCUCGUCUCCUUUCGUUGGAAGGCAGCACUGGAUUCCUGCUCGGGUUACUACCAGUGUUCUCCAGUCUGCUGUGCACCGGUGAAAAUUAUUUUGCCAUGGAGGGCAGAUAAUGCAUGGCUGAUCUCCCAUGUUGCCAGUGGCUUUACUAGCAAAUAUACCCUAAACUAGAGCGGAAAUUGGAGUUCUCCAUGUGACCUAAAAAGCUCUUGGAGGAACAUGCAGAGACUCCAGCAGCUGCCAUUACAGGACGCUUUUCCCAGAAACCCAAUGACCUUAAGAGAACCCUGUGGUAACAGGGCUGGAAAAGAAAGAUGGUUUACAGAGUUCACCGCCUGUUACUGGAUGGCCAUUUCAGUUUUCCCUCCACAGGCGGCAGACUUUACUCCCUUUUUAUUAUUCUACUGUAACUAUAAAUCUUUUACUUGGUUUAAGAAAGUUUUUUGUAUCAUUUUGCUAAAAUUAUUGGCUUACUUCUCUGUAAAGAACUCUUGCUUUUGUCUGAUUUAAAAAUGUAGAGUAUAAACAAACCUGAACUAAAGAUAAUGACUUGAAAUUUCUUGUUUAAAAGAUUAGUCUGCCAGGGAACAUGUAAAUGAAUCAAAACCAUCUGCUGUUAUUUAAAUUGUUUACUUUCACGUAUUGUCCCAUUCUGAGUCGGUUUUUUCAUGAAGAUUUUAAAACUGUUAGAGGUUUAUGUUACUGUUUGCUGUCUUCAUUCACACUGGACAUUUAACUUUCUGUGUAGCACAAAUGAAUUUUUAAAUACUCAUUGUGUUUCAUAGAAGAGGAUAACAAAAUACCCUGCAGGAGAGUCUUAAGUAUAGUAGAGAUUGUAAUGAUGAAUUUCUUUUUUUGUAAAGAACAUUAAGAACAAAGUAAAAGACUGACACUUGAGGGAUUUAGAAUUAGAAAGCUUGUUCUGUCUCUCUGCUUAGUUUGGGUGAAUGGAUACUUUCAAACAUUGUUUUUACUCAGAAAAUUUUGUUUCUUCUCCGCUGAGGCUGAUUAGCUUGGAGACUGUUACAAGUGCAAAAUAGACAUUGCUGCUGAAUCUUCAGAGAAUUUGCAUGUUUCAUUCAGAAUCCACAUGUUUAUAAAUACAUUGAUUUAGGCCUUCUGUUACAUGCCAAGACUCAAAAAAGGAAUUCUUAUACAAAAAAAAAAAAACCUAAAUAACACCCCACAAACAUAAUAACCUAUUCUUGCCAUAAAAUCCUGAGAAUUUUUACAAUUCAGAUGCAUAUCAUAUUUAAUUCUUAAGUAUAUUUAACCUGAGAAUGCCCAGAGUAAUUAUCUAGGCAUGAAUGACUCAACAUGCUCAGGUUGUUGCAGGUAUUGUUGGCUCCUGUUGGUUAUGAAAUAUGGGAAAUUCUUCAUACUGUCUGUUACUGUAAAUGGUCUUGUAAAAGUACGUGUUCUGUCCUUAUGGUACUUGGAACAGUACCAGAACUCUUUAUGACUGAAAUUAUGGGAAGUUCUGUGCUGGAAAGUAUGUACAGAGAUUUUGUUUGAACAGUUAGGUAUUUUGAGAAAUGGAGACAAUUUUUAAAGGUAUAUUGGUCUGCAGAUUUUUAUGAAGAGUAGUUUUUAUUUUUUGGGUGUUUACAAAUUCUUUUUUGCCCCCUCAAAAGUCCCCGUACCAAGAAUUAUCAUUCUUCUUUGGAUGCUUUCAUAACAGUAGCUAUUUGCUUGUGUUUACUCUGGGUCAGACUGGGGAAAUGUGUGUUUGGGGAGAGUAUAGUGGAAAAGCGCAAGAAUUUGAUUGACUGGUAAGUUUGCAUAAGAGAAUUAUUUCCUCAGUUACUAUAAACUUUGGUAUUUUAGGCAUGUGCACUACCAUUUGAGCAGUUUUACACUUCACUGUGCUUUUCUUGUAAAUAUCUGUGGUUAAUAGUGUAGUGUUUGAGGGACUGAAAAAAGCAGACUUUUUAUUUCCUAUGUAUCUGGACCAUUAGAUUGCUGUACUAUACUUAAAAGUUAACUGCAGAUUUCUAGAAUUGUACUCACUUGUGGGCAGUUUUUGUCCUCAUAAUAGCUAAAUUCCAUCAUGCAGAAAAUAGUUGGACUGUCUAUAUGAACCUGUGUAUAAACCAGUAUCUCAAAGCACUUCAUUUGUACUACCACUGUAUUUGUGUAAUUUAACAGUUGUGUAAAUACAUUCAUAAUAACUUCUGUUCUUCUUGGUGUAACUUACUGACUUGCAAUGAAUCUUCACCAUUUACCUGAUGCAACUCUUUUCUUUUUUCUCUUUUCUUCCUUUUUUCUUCUCUUUUCUCAUUUCUCACUUCUUUUUUCUUUUUUUCAAGGGAUUUCUGUACCUACAAAGAAUAUUGUCAGUUGCAAACAUUUGAAGAUACUAUCUUGGUAGCACAACUUUCAGUGAAAGAGUUUGGUAGUUAUAAUCCUGGGGUGUACAGGAAGAAAGAGAAAGCAUUAAUUACUUUGCUCACAGAAAGCAUGCCUUUUUGCCAAUUUAAAGGUAAAUGUUUUUGUUUGGAUACUUCUUUUUUUUCCAGAAGUUUUUUUAUUCUGUACAAAAGCUUUCGCGUAUCAAGUAAUGCAGAGUAUUGAUAAGAAAGUAUAGUAGGGGAAUUGAGAUUAGAUCAGUUAUGGGAGCUAAGAUAAAGGCAAGAAAAAUAGUGAGGUGUACUCACAGUGGUGCCCUGUAUAAUAAAAUUCCAGAUUUUGCUAUAUGAUUCUCAAAAGUCUAUUGUAACCUGAGGGUAGGCACACCUUCAGGAACCCUCCGUGUUUUCUUAUUAUCAGACAUUUAGAAGUUGGAAGGAUAUUUUAAUUUCUUCUCAUGGUUUUCGCUUAAAAUUGUGUAUAUGCUUUUAUAUGGAAAAUACCACCUGUGCCGCUGUUUUACAUAAUCUUGAGUGGUUACAGAGUCCUUGAGUUUUUGCGGUACAAGUACUUUAAAAAAAAAAAGAAAAUAAAUCCUCUGCUUUAAGAGAGCCAUUAAGAGAAAACAUUUGAGUCCAUGUAUUCCACGUUAGCUUCAUGAAAAUAUUCAAAGUACUCCUUGGAGGAAGGCACGUUGAUGAAGUCAUCGUUUCCAGUAGGAAAAAUGUCAUGAGUAUAACUACUUGUCUUUGUUUCCUUAUGUCCCAGACCCUUGAGGAUAGCAUUGGCUAGAGCAGCAUACGUGUUGAUUUCAAGAAUAUUUAGUUUCUCUUUUAAAAUAAUUAAAUAAAAAGGCGUUUAUUUUGUUCUUUGA